CUGGUUUCUGAAUGGAGAUCAGCUGCUUGAUACUGGAUCAGAGCUCAGACUGAUGAAUGUUAACAUGAGUAACAGUGGAAACUACAGCUGUCAGGCCUUUAACAACAAAACUCUGAGAUCUCAAACAUCUGAGCCUUCAGCCAUCACUGUGCUGGAGGAAAUAUCAGGUUCUUCUGUCAAACCAUCAACAAACCUGCCAGUUGAGGGAACAUCUGUCAGCUUAACCUGUGAGGCUUCUGGCUCAGUCUUUAUAAGAAACUGGAUGAAGGAUGGCUCCGAUCUGACCCCGACUGACAACAUGAUCCUUUCUGACAAUAACAGAGUGUUGACCUUUAACACUGUGAAGAGGAAAGACAGUGGAGAAUAUUUCUGCCAGAUCAGCAACCCUGUCAGCAGUGAUGAAGCUAAAUACAUCAUGACUGUUAAUUAUGGACCAGAAAAUGUUCAAAUCAAAGGUCCAAAUGAGAUAAAUAUCAAAGGCACCUUAAAACUGACCUGCUCUGCUGAAUCCACACCAACUGCCAGAUUCACCUGGUUCUUAAAUGGGACAGAGAUACUCACCAAUUCGCUGAGUACAUUAAAGAAGAGGUUGAACUUUCUGACAGUGGCAACUACACCUGUCAAGCCUGGAAUAAUAUAACUGAGAUAACAUCAUCAUCAGUGGUGCAUGGACUGACUGUAACAGAGAAAUCAUCAGGAUGUGCUGCUGGUUGCAUCGCUGGAAUAGUAAUCGCAUGUUGUGUCAUCGUUGCUGCAGCUGUUGGUGGAGGGUACUACAUUUAUAAGAAAAAGUAAGUUGAGAAUGUAUUUGAAAAAUCACCAGGAAAACAUUUUUCCUUUUGAAUAUACAUAAUAAUUGUAAUCUUUGAAAUAUGUCUAGUAUUCAGUGGUACGAUUCAACAAAUGGUUCAUAUUCUGCAAACAGUCACUUGCUGACGUUCAUCUUCUGCUGGUCUCAGAGUAAUCACG